AUGUUCACUUAACCAUCAGGUGCAAAGUCUUCUGCAUAAAGUACUCCUUAUAAAACAAAAUAUCAUCAUCCAGAAUAAGAGGAAACAAUAUCUGAAGAUGAAUCAUAAAUAAAUAAUAUUCUCAAAGCUUUGAAACAAUAGUAAAUAUUUGAAAUUUUAGUUUUUUAGAUAUUUGAUAUUGGAUAAUACACUCAAUGAAAAAGAAGAAGAGAAAUCUUAGAUUUUAGAAGAUGUACAAAUCUUGAAUUAGAGAUUACAAUAAUUAAAUAAAUCAAUUGCAAUCAAGAGAUAAAAAUAUGAGAAAUGUGAUAGAACCUUAAAAGAAGCAGAGUCAGCUUUUGCAACUAUUGCUGAUUCUACAAAGUCUCUACUUUAAAUAGUCAAAAGUAAUAUUGGAGAUAUAAGUAAAAAAUAAAAAAAUUGA